AUGAUGAGAGCCCCAGCCAUACUGAGAGUCAGGGGAGCCAGAGCAGCAACACACACAUCAAUACACACAUCAACACACACAUCAGCAUGUCCACCCUCAAGAGACUACUCCUCGACCCCCACCACACGCCCCAAAACCGCCCUCUUCUUCCCCGGCCAAGGUGUUCAACGUGUGGGCAUGCUCGACCCCUGGCUCACCACCUUCCCCUCGACCGUGAAACCUCUCCUCGAAGAGAUCGACCAUACCCUCAACAUCUCUCCCUCCUUGACUCAACUCAUCUCCCACGGCACCAAUGCCACUCUCACCGCAACACAAAACGCUCAACCUGCUAUCAUGGCCACCUCCAUCCUGAUCCUCCGCGUCUUGGAAAAAGAGUUUGGUUUUGAUACCAAGAGCACAGUGGACUUUACGCUUGGCCACAGUCUAGGCGAAUUUGCUGCCUUGGUCGCAGCAGGAAACUUGGAAUUUGGGAAUGCGUUGCAAAUGGUGAGGAAGAGAGGCGAAGUCAUGGCGCACUGCUCGUCCGCCUCACACCAAGAAAUGGGCAUGAUAGCUCUAGUCUGCGAGCCCGAGCAACGCGACCCCACGCUCUCUGCCAUUUCUCGCCAUCUCACUGCAAACACCCACUUGCGCUGCAAUGUCGCCAACAUCAAUUCCAAAACGCAAUUCGUGCUUAGUGGAGAGAUUGCGCAUAUUCAUGAGACGCUGACGCAUAUCCGCCAUUUCGACAGCCAUGAUCCACGCGCCGUGAGACUAAAAGCCGAUUCCCCGUUUCAUUCGCCAUUGAUGCUGCCUGCGGUGUCUUUGAUGCGGGAACUGCUUUCUGCACCUGCGGCAGUAACCUUUUCCUCUGCUACUCUACCUUGUAUCUCCAACGUCACCGCAAAACCCUUUACCUCUGCUUCCGAAUUGAUAGAUCUAUUGGCGAGGAGUGCGGCGGAACCAGUGUUUUGGCAUCAAAGUAUACAAUACUUGCACAAGGAGGAAAAUGUCAAGAGAUGGAUAGGUAUAGGCCCCGGCAAGGUAGGCAGAAAUUUGGUGGNNGCAAAGAGGUGGGGAGUAAAGGGUUAG